AUGGCGCAUCGCUCGGCGCUCGGCGCGCGCUGCGAUGGCGUCGGCGCUCGUCCGUCGCGCGCGGUGCGCGGGCGACGAUGGGCGACGAUGCGGCGUCGAGCGUACGGGACGUCGGACGCGGACGGGACGUGGAGAGAACACGCAUCGAACGCGUUCACGAAGCUCAUCGACGUCGCGCGCGGGCAGAGAGACGUCGUCCAGGCGGGCGCGCCGGCGCUGAGGGAUCGAGCGAAAGAGAUCGAUCCGAGGGAGAUUGAUUCGGCGGAGAUUCAGGAAUUAAUCGGUGAGAUGGUUCGCGUGAUGCGCGCGCGAGGGGUUGGGUUGGCGGCGCCGCAGUUGGGAAUACGCAAACGCGUCAUAGUAUUGGAGGAUACCGAGGAGGGCAUGUCGGACUCGAGCGCGGAGGAGCUCGCAUCGCAGAAGCGCGCGCCGUUCGCGUGUACGGUGAUCAUUAACCCCACGCUCGAGCGCGUUGGCGACGCGAGCGCGAUAUUUUUCGAGGGAUGUCUCAGUGUCGCGGGAUAUCGCGCGUGCGUGCGCAGACACCUGAGCGUGCGAUGUCGCGGUUUAGGCGGCGACGGGAAACCGGUCGAUUUCAUCGCCACCGGGUGGCAGGCGCGGAUAUUACAACACGAACUCGAUCACUUGGACGGCGUCCUGUACACCGACCGCAUGGAAUCCCGAACGUUCAGGCGAGUGGACAUGUUGAGCGAACCGCUCCCGGGAGACCACGCCGAGUUCGGCGCGGGCGUCGUCCUCGGCGAGAGCGUCAUUCGGAUCGAGCGAACGAUGAGCGACGCCGAGAGCGUGGAGCAACGCGUGAAGAAUUCGAGGAAGAACCGAAAGGGUCGAUGA